UAAAUGUCCAAUACACGCAGGGUUGUUAAUGCCUAUCAGUAUCAGGACCUUUUUGUACUUUUGCAACCUGCCCCUGUCUUUGCCCCGUUCGCACAACCCUCGUAUCUCUCUUGGCUCAUUGGUUUUGCAGAUCUAAAUCCAGUUACAAUUCAACAUGUUUUGGCAUCUUACAGCUAUCUCUGCUUCGUCACCGAUUGAGUCUAUCUUGGACAAAGAAAGUUUCACAUUGGAAGAGCUCUUGGACGAGGAAGAUGUCAUCCAAGAAUGCAAAGCUUUGAAUAGUCGCCUCAUCAACUUCUUGCGUGACAGAGUCCAAGUUGAACAAUUACUUCGAUAUAUCACAGAGGAGCCUCAAGCGGAUGCUGAUAGCAAACGAAUUUUCAAGUUCCCUUUCAUUGCUUGUGAGAUCUUUACAUGUGAAAUUGAUGUGAUCUUCAAAACUUUAGUGGAAGAAGAAGAGCUAAUGGAUCUACUUUUCUCAUUCCUGGAGCCAACCCGUUCCCAUAGUGCCUUGUUGGCUGGGUACUUCAGCAAGGUUGUGAUAUGCCUCAUGUUGCGGAAGACAGUUCCACUUAUGAAUUAUGUUCAAGCGCAUCAAAAUGUUUUCCAACAGCUAGUUGAUUUGAUUGGAAUUACAUCAAUCAUGGAGGUCUUGGUAAGACUUGUUGGAGCUGAUGAUCAUAUGUAUCCUGAUUCUGUGGAUGUGAUGCAAUGGUUAACAGAUAGCAAUCUGUUGGAGAUGAUUGUGGAUAAAUUAAGUCCAUCAAGUUCUCCUGAAGUACAUUCAAAUGCAGCAGAAACUUUAUGUGCUAUAACUAGAAACACAUCAUCUCCUCUCGCCUCUAAACUUUCUACCUCAAGUUUUGUUUCAAGGAUUUUUGGUCAUGCAUUGGAAUUGGAUGAUUCACAUUCAAAAUCUGGACUUGUGAGCUCAUUGUCUGUAUGCAUAUCUUUAUUGGAUCCAAAAAGAUCAUUUCCUUCACCUCCAUUUUAUUCUUUUCGUGGUCAUCAUGUAUAUGAGUCACCUGUUCAAGUCAAUCAAGAAACUGUAGGAGCAAUGUUGCCUCAACUCAGUGACUUGUUGAAGUUGUUAAACGUGUCACUUGAUGAAAAAGUCUUGCCAACUACAUAUGGCCAAUUGAAGCCUCCUCUAGGAAAGCAUCGGUUAAAGAUUGUGGAGUUCAUUGCAGUUUUAUUGAAAACUGGAAAUGAAGUUGCAGAAAAGGAGCUGAUCAGCUCUGGAACCAUACAAAGAGUUCUUGAUCUUUUCUUUGAGUACCCUUUUAAUAAUGCUUUGCAUCAUCACAUUGAGAGUAUAAUAUAUUCCUGUUUAGAAAGCACAAACAAUACUGUAAUUGAUCAUCUGUUUCAAGGAUGUGGUUUGUUUGCCAAGAUUCUUCAAACAGAAAAUAAUCCCUUCCUUUCUGGAGAACUUAAUCAGCCUACAUCAUUGGCUUCCGGAAGAAAUCCACUCAGAGUUGGAAACAUAGGACACAUCACUCGCAUUGCCAAUAAAAUCAUGCAGUUGGGAAACACUGAUACUCGCAUUCAGAUGCAUAUUCAGGAAAGUAGCGAAUGGAAUGAGUGGCAAGCUACAGCUCUACAGGAUCGGAAUAUGGUUGAAAAUGUUUACAGAUGGGCUUGCGGGAGGCCAACUUCAAUUCAUGAUAGAAAUAGGGAUAGUGAUGAAGAUGACAUUCAUCAUGAUAGAGACUAUGAUGUUACUGCUUUAGCAAAUAAUUUAAGCCAAGCAUUUAGAUAUAAUGUCUAUGACAAUGAGGAAGGUGAAGAGGGUCAUGGGACUCUUGGGAGAGAUGAUGAGGAGAAUUAUUUUGACAAUGAAUCUGCUGAAGUUGUGAUAUCAUCCUUGAGACUGGGUGAUGACCAAGGGAGCAAUCUGUUUACAAAUUCAAAUUGGUUUGCUUUCCAAGACGAUAAAAUGGGGGGAGACACAACCGCCACGUCACCGGAAACAAUGGACGAAAUCAACUUGAACGGGGCGGCAACCACCAAUGAGGAUCACGACGACGUGGUGGUGGGGGCGGAUGAAGAUUUUCUCAAUAUCAAAAAUUCCAAUAAUGCCCCUACCCGAAGCCCAAACCCGUUCAGUGAAGACUAUGUAGAAAACGACGAAGAUUUAUUUGCAGACAGACCGAUGCCCGAAUGGGUGGGAUGGGAAGAGCCGUCAAAUGUUGAAAUCCCGGUUCCGGUUCCUGGGUCCGGGGUCAACCCGUUUGAAGAAGAUUACAAUAAUACCCCUGAUGUUGACAUUCCAACACCAGUAGAAACGCCAAUGCCAACGCCAACGCCAACCCCAACGCCGGUGCCUUCGUUGUUUGAAGAAGAUGUGGAGUUUGUAGGGGUAGAAUUGGAAUUGGACGGGUCGGAAAAGGCGAUGGAUAAAGCGCUUAAGGAAGGGAUUGUGGGGGAAGCGGGGGCGUUGAAGAGGAAAGUUGUACCUGGUGGGCCCGAGAAAGAGAAUGUUAGUGACCCGAAGGAGUUUAAUGAUAGUAAUUAUUGGAGGGUGGAUCAAGAAAUUGCUGUUUCUGAGUGACAGUGACAGCGAUAGUGAUAUGAUAUGACAGGUUUUGUAUUAAAGGGGAUGGAUGGAUGGAUGGAUGUACAAAGUAUAAUUUUGUUGAAAAUGGACAUAGUUGUUGUUGGGUUAGGUUAAUUUGGGAUGUUGACAACUUGAUUAUUAUUACUUUGGAUGUUAUUUUCUCUUUGUUGUUUCUAGAUAUGUCUUUUAACAGAUUAUGGGGAGGUUUUAUACUUUUAUUAGUUUAUAUUCCUCCCUUUGUAUUAUUAUUUUUGUAUUUUUGGUCAUCUACAUUCUACAAGACAUCAUUAUUUACA